GCGACAGGUUCAGCAGCGCAGGGAGACCCAAUUACACUUGAUCAAAUGAAUCAGCUACUCGAAAAGAUGAAGGAUGAACUCUAUACGAAACUGAGCGCCGACAUAGAUACUUGUAAAGCUAUGUUGGAGGCAAGCGCACAGGACAUGACCGUGCAAAAGGAGCAGAUUUCAUCUUUAAAGAGCGAGAAUGCGACGUUGAGGGCCAGACUUAGAGAGACGGAACUGCAGCAGGAUGAACUGGAUCAGUACGGACGACGAAAUACGGUUGAAGUGCAUGGUAUACCAGAAAUUAAAAACGAAAACAUUCCGGAUCAUAUUAUUAAUAUUGGAAAGGUGCUAAACGUGAAUUUAGACUAUUCUUCAAUAGAUGCGUGUCACCGGCUACCAAAAAGAAGAAAUCAACCAAAAACAGCAGCAGCGGCGAUAGUGGUUCGUUUUGUGCGACGCGCGGAUGCUGAUGCGUUGCUGAGUGGCCGCCGAGCCAAAAAUUUAACUACGAAUCACAUCAACAUCCAGGGAAACAAUACAAUAUACCUAAAUCAAUCCCUCACCAAAAAAAGAAGAAAGUUGUUUGCUCAGGCGAGGCAAAUACUUGGAGAUAAGGGAGUACGACGCCUGUGGAUUGACCGCGUCGGGAGAGUGAAGGUGAGAGGUGAGGACGGAGAGACGGUUUAUCUUCUGAAAGAUGAGGAGGACUUGAAACACAUUAGGACACGGAAAGAUUGAAAGGACUUAAGAUCUUCAUCUAACAUCUAAAAUAUUAAAGAAACUGUGUGAAAUUCUAUAACCACCUACCCGAGAGAGUUCGGUCCUUGCCAAGUAGCUUAUUUGCCAGCACGGUCGAAAAAUGGCUCUUGGAUACCCCUCUUUAUAAAAUUGGUGAGUUUUUU